UGAGUUUAAUUUAAGGCUACAUUUCUAUUUAUUUUAAAAUCAAACUUAAGUUAGAUCUAGAAAUCUAUAACGUGAUGUUUUACUUUCGUGGAUGAUUUGAUUGGCUGUACAGGAACUCCGUGAUCGAUCUUCUUAAAAUCCCCACUUCUUUAUCUCUGACGGUUACUACGCGGUGUAAAAAUAUCACGUAAAAUGUCAAGCGGUGGUAUUUCGCUCAACAACUAUAGCGGAUGGAAUAUUAUAAAUACCAAUGUGUACAAUUGCACAUUUAAUAAUACCGGAAGUGGUCUGACCUCGUUGAUCAAUGGGACCAUUGGCGGGUGCAAUGUUAUAAAUGGCAAUGUGUUCAACUGCACAUUUAUUAACACCCAAAGUGGGAAAUCGGCCAUCAAUGUUGGCGGAACAAAUAUUAUCAAUGGCAAUGCCUACAACUGCACAUUUAUUAACAUUGGAAAAGGAAACUUAAUCAUUAAUGGGAACAUUAUUGGAUGCACUUACACCUGCAGUUCAUCAACUAUCAGCUGUAGAAAAAGCGUGUCUAUGGAAACUGAACGGGUUAGAGCGCUGACUGAAGGAAACAGUGACAGGAGGGAGAAAGAAGCUUUGGAAAAAGCUGAGAACAAAAGGAAAAAGGCAGAGCAACGAGCUGUGCAAGAACGUUUGAAGGCCCUUGUGAGAGCUAAGAGAGAACGGUCCCACACAAUGGAGAAAGCACGUCAGCCUAGGCUACAGGAGACAGAAGUUAUCACGAUAUCAGACGAGGAGGAAUAGACUUGCACCCGACCAUGACCUGUUCGUUCACUACCCUACGACAACUAGCUCGUUCACUACCUUACGACAACUAGCUCGUUCACUACCACAUCUACAUCUACAUCUUUCACUACUCCACCACAUCUACUAACUACCCGACCACAUCUACAUCCUUUACUACCCCACCACAUCUACAUCAUUCACUACCCCACCACAUCUACCUCCUUCACUACCGAACUGCACGUACUAAUUAAACUGAGUUCCGAGUUUCUAGUCACGUGCCUUAGACAAUGUUCUGAAUGGUUAAAUCCUACUCAAGGUAAAAUAAUUGACCUUAGGAUUGAAAUGUAUGGUGAUUGACCACUGCGGGUUUUAUUCAGUAUUAUAACCGUGUUUUGUGUUCUGAAUAAAAUAAAAUGUAUUUCGUCCAGAACAUAUGAUUGCUUUCCCCACCAUCUCCCCACCCUCACCAGCAGUCCACGUUAUGAACCAACCACUAGACGCAAAGACCACAUCUACAUCUUUCACUACCCGACCACAUCUACCUCCUUCACUACCCAAUUGCACAUACUAAUUAAACUGCGUUCCGAAUUUUUAGUCACGUGCCUUAGACAAUGUUCCGAAUGGUUAAAUCCUACUCAAGGGGAAAUUAUUGAGCUUAGGAGUAAAAUGUCAAAGGUGUGAGUAUGGUGAUUGACCACUAAGGGUCAGUGUCCAGUUUCCUAGCAGCAGAUGCUCCCACUACACCUGCUUACAUCAGUAAAAAGAAAUCAUUUACCCUU